GGACUUGUAGUUCGCAGCACCAGGGCUUCCCGCUUCACUUGUGGCAACCACCAGCACAGCUCCCCCAGACUGACGGCUUCUCUUCGGCGAGUAUAAUGUAAUUGAUCACUGCUCACUCAGGGACGCCCGAUUCCCAGCAGAGUGGGAGCAGGCAUCAUGAAUAAUCAAAAAGUCGUGGCUACACUGCUUCAGGAGUGCAAGCAAGCUCUGGAUGUGCUCUCAUGCAAGAUGUCUGAUGCAUCGGAGGAAGACAAGAGAGAGUACCAGCAGUGCAAAGCUUCACUCCCUGAUGAUCUAAGGACCCUUAUUGAAGAGGCAAAGGAAAUGAAGUGGCCCUUCGUGCCAGAGAAGUGGCAAUACAAACAAGCCAUAGGCCCAGAAGACAAAACAAACCUUCAAGAUAUGAUCAGUGCAAGGCUGCAUGAAUUACUGGUUUAUUUGAAAGCCUCCAUCAUGGUCAAGGACUGUGCAACAGCAGCUGCUGUUGUGUUCCUGAUUGACCGAUUCCUAUAUUGGGUGGAUGCCUCCAGCAAACUUCUUCGAAUUGCCAAAGGCCUGCACAAGUUGCAGCCAGCCACACCAAUAGCCCCUCAGGUGGUUAUUCGCCUAGCUCGCAUCUCUGUAAAUUCAGGAAAACUUUUAAAAGCUGAGUAUAUCCUAAGCAGCCUUAUAAAUGACAAUGGAGCAACAGGCGUGUGGCUGUAUGACAAGGAAAGUGAUAGGAUUCUUGUUCAGUCAGUCUGUAUACAGAUCAGAGGACAGAUUCUGCAAAAGCUUGGAAUGUGGUAUGAGGCAGCGGAGCUGAUUUGGGCUUCAAUUGUAGGCUAUUUCAAACUGCCUCAGCCAGAUAAAAAGGGAAUUGCUACAUCACUGGGUAUUUUGGCUGACAUCUUUGUUUCCAUGAGUGAAAAAGAUUAUAAUAGUUUUAAAAACAACUCUCAAGUUGACCUGAGCCUUCUCCAAGAGUUUGACCAUCGCUUACUGUCAGCUGCUGAAGCCUGCAAGCUGGCAGCAGCCUUCAGCCAGUACACUCCGCUUUUUGUGCUCACAGCGGUGAAUAUCCGUGGCACAUGCUUAUUGUCCUAUAGUUACUCCACAGAAUGUCCUCCAGAGAAGAGAAAGUUCUAUUUGUCUGAAGCUAAGGAAUCCUUUCAAAUUGGUCUUCUCACCAAGAAAGAAAAUGACCCUGUCACUAGCAGGCAGGAGCUUCAUAGUUUUAUUAAAGCAGCUUUCUGCCUUACAACAGUUCAUCGGCGACUCUACGGGGAGAGCAAGAAACUCUGUGAGGUGAGACAGCUAUGUAGUGAAGCCAUGGAGAAACUGUACACUUACAGCACUUCACCUUUUACAGAGGAUCAAGACAAAGAAACACUUGCCAAAGAGAUCAUGUCUUUGAUCAUGUCUGUCAAGGAGCAUUUAGAAGUACAAAGCUUCCCUAAUUCAGAUGCCAGGUCUUAUGUUCCUGAUAGUUACAAAGGUGGAGCGGAAAAGCCUAUCUUGCGUGGUGAGGUGAAUUUUGAGAAAAUUCUUGAAGUGCAUUCUCAGCACCAUAGGUCAGUAAGUGAAGUGUUUGAAAGUACUUGCAGGAGCCAGGAAACCAGGCACAGAGAAGCCAAAAUGGGAGCUUGCAUCACUGUCUUAAAAACUGAAACUAAAAAUGUAGACACCAUGUGUACCACCGAAGAAAAAUUACACUGUGGCAAGUACAGUGCCAAAAUCUCUGAUUCACAAAACUCAAGAAGAAGCCGUGAGAAACUCAGUGGCCGAAGGAGAUGGAUUAGUUCUAAUGUAAUGAACGUCUCCCUUGAAGAAGAAAUGGAGAGAAAGACAUCAGACAAAGUUACCAAUGAUGAAGAUGGCAUUUUCAGCAGUUUGCAAAGCAGGAGUCAAACCACUAGUUCUUUGAAGUCUUGGAGCAAGUUGUCAAAAUCAAGUUCCUCUGCUAGCUGGGAGGAGCUAGACUGUAAUGCUAGCAAUAAGAUGCCCAGAGAUUGGCAACCAAGGGAAGAGGGCUCAGUGGAUGAGCAGUGUUGCACAGCCUCAACCGAAUCUACUGAGGAAAAUGUUCAAGCUGGCAGCCUGCACUCAUUGUCCUUCCAAACUCAUCAUCUCUCUCUUCAAGAGUCACAGAGUGGCUGUUCAGGUCCUUCUCGGCAUUCAUUAAAGAAAAAUAUGCUCUUUGCUAAUAGAUUAGCAGAUGCGUCCUCAGCUUCCAGGGAAGGGCUCUUGCAGGGGACAGAACCUGAAAGGGAUGCCUCAGAACAGAAUGCAGGGGAUGCCAAUAGUAUAGACUUCAGGAACAAUGCUAUUUCCUUCAUGGACAUAAAGGGUGCCCAUUGUUCUGGUCCCAACAGACCCGGGAGGGAGACGAUUUCCUCUUCCCUGGCAGAAUUAGAAUCCUUUGAAAUGAUUGAGUCCAGAACCAAGGACAGCAAUAGAGACUUCAGUGUUAUUCACAGCCCUGCUCAGCACAGUAUAGUGGAAGGAAAUGUAAUAGAUGCUGAAAGGUAUAAAAAAGUCACAGAGCCAUUAUCUAGAAAUAAUUAUGUGUGGAUUGACCCAGAAGGAGAUACUGUAGACAAUACAGAGGAUCUGUCAGUUGAGCCUCAUGUACCUAUAGGUAAGGUAGCUAUUACUACAUCUAUAAGCAACAAGCCAAAAAUAGCAAGUGAUUCCUUUGUAUUUAACUGGAUUAAUAAAUCUUCUGCUGAAAUGGCUGGAAAUGAGUCUUUUGAAAUGCCUGAAGUCGACACCCAGGCAGAUACAGAAGAUGAAUGGGAGUUUGCUUUCAGCAAUAGCAGGAGCUCAGUAAACAACUCACCUGCCACGAAUGCUCCAAGGCCUCAACUUAGCCACAGGGUUGGGACCAGAGUUUCACCAUCAGGGAGGAAGAAGCCAGAAGCUGACGACUUCAAUGACUGUGCUACCACAGAGGAAGAUGAAGCGGAAAAGUACAGGAACAUUCUGAACAGCAGCCACAGCUCAGGCUCCUCUCUGAAAUCAUGGUACAAAUCAGCUCAGUUUUCCAGCAGUUUCUCUGAACUAGAGAGUCCAUCUUUUCUGAACUCCAGUGGGAGCUCUUUUGUCUUUGUGCCUGGGAGAACCAAAGAACAAAUCCUAAAAGCUCACUUUCUAGAGGAUGCUGAUUAUGAGAAGCUCUUGUCAGGUGUUAAGCAUAGCUGGCUAGUGCAGAGACUGCAGACUACUGGAAUAUUUAAGGCUAGACAACUCCACAAAGCAUACUCUGCUCUUCUUCUGAAAUACUCUAAGAAAUCUGGGCUGUGGACAGGCCAGGAAACAGCUGUGUAUAUUGGAGACUACCUGAGCGUGGCGAAGGAAGGCAAACAAAGGAAUGCAUUUUGGAUACACUUUCUGCAUCAAGAAGAAACUUUGGGAAGGUAUGUUGGGAAAGAGUAUAAAGAAGAAAAGGGGCUUCUUAACCAUUUCAUUGAUGUGGAGCGACAAAUGACUGCCCAGUACUACGUGACAGAAUUCAACAAAAGGCUGUAUGAGCAAAAGAUCCCUACACAAAUCUUUUACAUCCCCUCUGCAAUACUCCUGAUACUAGAAGGCAAAUCUAUAAAAGGAUGUGUGAGCGUGGAGCCCUAUAUUCUGGGAGAAUUUGUGAAACUAUCUAAUAACACAAAAGUAGUAAAGACAGAGUACAAAGCCACAGAGUAUGGCUUGGCCUUUGGCCAUUUCUCCUAUGAGUUUUCCCAUGGCACAGAUGUGGUUGUCGAUUUGCAAGGUUGGGUGACUGGUAAUGGAAAAGGCCUCAUCUACCUCACAGACCCCCAAAUUCAUUCUCUUAAUGGGAAAGAUGUCUCACACUCCACCAACUUUGGGGAAAAAGGAAUUUAUUAUUUCUUCAAUAAUCAACAUGUGGAGUGCAAUGAAAUCUGCCAUCAUCUUUCUUUAACGAGGCCUUCCGUAGCAGAACCUAACUAGCCUCAUGCAAAGACAACCUGACAGACCAACGCUUGUAAUUCAUGGAUGUGACCUUCUUGGACUUUUGUGAGCUACCACCUGGAGAAUUCGAAAGUAGCAAAUGCAGUUAUGUCAUUCCCUUCUCAGAAACUCGUCGGGGAUAUAUUCAAGGGGCAGAGAAUGUCAGGCUUUAUCAACAUUAGUUUUCUUGUAGGGCUUGUCUUCACUGCAACAGAUAGCUCGAGUUAGUACACUCAAGUUACUGCACUCGAGCUAGCCUUCAGAACAACACUGGAGUUGCACAGAGUGGUUGGAUUAGCAGCACAGACUGAUGAGUUGUAACUCGAGCUGUUACAUUCCCCACUGUGUAUGUAGCAGCACCAUCCCUCCAGCUUCAACACACCCUCCUUAAGGGUAUGUCUCCAUUGAGCUAGAGAUAUUUGUAUGGGGGCAGGAAUUGAUCGAGUAUUAACGCUCAGAUCAUAGCUUGAGCUACCGGUGCUGUGAAGCCUCACCCUUAGUGCUCCUUUGCUGGUGAUGUGAUUGACCUCGUAGAAAGCGCUUAAAGCCUCUGUCUGUGAAGUAGCCAGACAAACUGGGUUCAGUGCAUUCAGACAGAAGUGGCGCCAGGGUUUUUGGCGCCCUAGGCGGGGGUCCUUCCGCACUCCCGGUUGUUGGCGGCAAUUCUGCGGCGGGGGGGGUCCUUCCGCGCUCCUGGUCUUCGGGGCACUUCGGCGGCGGGUCCCGGAGCGAGUGAAGGACCUGCCACAGAAUUGCCGAUGACAACCCAGAGCACGGAAGGACCUCCCGCUGCCGAAUUGCCGCCCUCCCAAAUCCUGGUGCCCUAGGCGACCGCCUAGGUCGCCUAAAUGGAAGCACUAGCCCUGCAUUCAGAUCAUUGGCCAAACUCUUCUGUGAGCUCUAUGGUCUCGUGGUUGCAAUGCAGGAUUCAGACACUCUUGAGUUUUAUUCCUGGUUCUUCCUCUGACCUGCUGUAUGGCCUUACUCAAGUCAAUUAACCUCUUCGUGGCUCUGUUUCCGCAUCUGCAGGAGGAGAAUAUCUACUACACAGGCUUGGUGAGGAUUAAUUUAUUACUGUUCAUAUAGUGCUUUGAAGAUGCCAUUGCGAUGUCUAAUAAGUGCUAAAUAGUAGUAUCUAUGAACCAGCUAAAGGCCUUGAUCCUGCAUAUAGUUCCAUGCAGUUCAGCCCUGUCUCCAUGUGGCACCUCAUCAACUUCAGUGGGGUUCUGCGCAGGUUUGGGGGGGUUCACCCAUGUGGAACAACCUCUUGGAUGGGGGGCAACAUUUGUUGCUUCUCAGGGAGCUGCCCCACCAGCUAAAAUCAAACACCUCUGACUUUGCAAAGAGUGUGCCCCCUUUGUGUUUUGCAAAAACAUGAAUAAAAGAUGUUUGAUUUUCCUGCUAAAUCUAUAGUUCAAGACUUCCUUUAGUUAAAAUACAAUAUUUUACAAGCCAAAAUAUGUCUUAGAGUUCCCAAUAUCCUGUCCUAGAAAGGCAUCUGGUUCAUAUUGUUUAGGGUUCCCCCCCUCCCAUCUUGAGGGGGAAGGAAACUGGGUACUACAGGUCCAUAAAAAUAUCGGACACCCAGUACACAGCCAGGCUUAACAAAACCGUCAGCUUUUGUUUCUCCAACCAGCAGAGAGUUCAGGCUUUUUGUUACUGUUGUUUAGUUCUGCUAUUGUUUUCAAGGUGAUGUUUGUACUGAGUUGUUUGGAUAUACAGAUGCCCUACAAUUGCACAGAGCAGGGAAAACUAGUUGUAGGGAGUGGAAGCAAGAGAAAAAAAUUAAAUCUCUUUAUUAUGGUGCAUAAACCUUCAGUGUUGGGGAGCUGUGCAGCUGCGCAGGGAAAAAAUGCAUUCAAAAAUAUAAUGCUAGUGUGAAUAAUCCUUUCUAGAAUGCUGCUUGCAGACUGCUCCAGCUUUGUCAGGUGAACUUGAACUGGGCCAUCAGAUUUGCUCUCAUUCCCACUGCACACUGUCUAUCACCCCGGGGCAUUCACCGUCUUGCCUGUUGUUAAAAAAGAGCAAACAAUCCAUCAUUGAGCCCCGGAGUUACUUUCUCAUAGAAAAGUAAAAUCGGCAUGUGACAGUACACUCAGCUCCAAUGUUUCGCAGAUUAAAAUUAUACAUGAAAACUCACGUGUUACUGGGAAGAUUAAGUCAGUUAGCUUGUACCACAGCCAAUAAAGAUGAGGAUUGUCUGCAACAGUAAAAUGCAGGAUUUAACCUAGUGACAAAAGUUGUGUGCACACGAGUUAGUGCUUCUGGAAAAUACAGCUAUAGAAUUUGAAGGGAAAAAAGCUAGUAAGGUUUCAGGAAUUAAUAGGCUGCAAAAAUGUUACAUUAAAGCCUUUUUGCAGAACUCUAUCGGGUGUUUUUUUAAUUUUCUCAGAUUGGUUGAAGGAUCCUAAUAAAUUAUAAGCAACUAACACUGCCAUGCCUAGUAACUAUCAGCACUAAUAACACUUUUAAUAAUUAAACCUGACAGCAUUUUAAAUAGCUAAUUUACUUGUUAUAUUGUUUGUUUUACUUUUUGAUUUCAGUCCGGUAGACAGUGAAAUUAAACUGAUCAUUUUCACUCUCUUUAGUCAGUUUCACUUUUGGUUGUCAUGUAUUAAAACAAUGAAAUUGUUUUCUUUCACAGUCUAUCCAUCUCACAUAAUUAUAUGGCCCCCAUUAGAUUAGUAUCUGGGCACCUGACAGUCGUUAAUGUGUUUAUCCUCAAAAUACCCCUGUGAUGUGGGCAAGUAUAAUUAUCCCUGU